UGAGCCCUACUUACCUUACCUUACCUUUCCUUACUACAGUACGGAUAGAUACUCCCAAGUAGGUAUUACUCGGUCUUCUAAUCCCGAGCUCUUCUCUUCCACAUUGUGCGUGCUGUUGCGCCGCAACACACAAUGCCUUCCUUUCGUCUCGCCCGCUCAAACCGUUCGCUCGUCCCUUUGCAGAGUUUACAUGCGGAACCGACUUCGAAAUACGUACCACAUCUUUCGCACCGACACGAAGCUGUUCGCGGCAAUUGUCGUAUGAGGGAUGGUUUAUUCCGUUCUUUGACGUUGACGGAACCUACUGCACGCUCGCCCAUGAUCCAUUGUUCAAUCUCAGAUGCUCUACUCUAGUCCGGCGGCCUUCACUCUUCGCCUCAUUCCGUUGCACCACAUGCAGACAACCUGCAUAAUAGCCGCUGCAGCUCCGAUAAAGCCUGUCGGCCGAGUUGCGGAUCAAAUCCUCUGCUCACUCUCACACUGUCACUGGCACACUGCUCAGACGCCCGCAAAGUCAGGGCCGCGCUGCGAUCGUUCCAAAGCCUGCCCAUUGGUCCCCAGAGCCGGAUCCUGGAAUUGCAUCCCCUCCCCAACGCGUUUCGAACUAGCACUGCAGAAAUACAAGAUACGAACCCGAUGCCGGAAUCGAACUUGCGGCACGUCCAAGGUUCGAGAUUCGACGGUCGAUUCGUCGAGUUGCAACACCGUUUGUUUGUUGGAUUCGUCGGUUGUCUCGGUGCGUGCCAGUGCACCAGGCCCUCCCGAAUCCUCCAAGGAGAAUUGCUCGGAGCCGACUUGCGAGCUUCCCACCACAACGGACCGCAUCUGGGCCCCGCCAAACACUGAAUCUGAGGGGACUUUCGUGGAGACUUACUUUAUUACGACCCGAUAUGUCGUGCUGGCCAGUUUCAAGGCCUUGCUGUUUUCGAGCUUCCCCGUGUGCAGGACAAGGAUGCCUCUUCGUCAACGGCACGCGUCCCUUGAACCCGGCUGGCCAACUGGUUGUGCUGGAGAGAUAACACCGCACGAGGCCUGGCCAAGGUCUUGGAGGCCGUAGUCCUUGUCCCGCUUUGCAGGAAACAGCAGCUCUGGCCGAUCCGGCAGCGACGAAAUUGUCUCAGGCUCUCAGCAGGGCAUGGUCGAGACUCAUUCUUCCUACUCAUCACUAAUCCGCUCCUCCGGCAUCCAUUGGUGGCCAUUGGUGGCACCAGAAUCAGACGCGCUUUGGGAGGCUCGGGGAAAUCUCGAUUGCCA